CCAGCCGGUGGAACUCAUGCGGAAGGGAAGUCCCGCCUUCGCUGCCUUCUUGAACUGUCCCGUAGGAACCGUCGGUUUCCGGCUGUGCUGCUGGCGGUGGCCACGCCGCGGAACUGGGAACGAGUUCCGGAAAAGCACUUUCGAGAGUACUGGCCUUUGUUCCCUGAACUCAGACUGACACCUAAGACCCAACUGAUCUCUUCAUCUCCGUAUUUAUUCCACCAUGGCAGGCCAAGGGAAGGUUCAGUGGAUGCCGAAGCUUGUCUUUCAGAAAAACCAAGAGCCUCCAAAGAGCUUUGAAGAAUUCUUAAAGUCUCAAAACUGGGAUUAUUGGCCCAGGGAUAUUCAUUUUAGAGACAGUGAUAUAUGGGAUGAUGCUCUGAAAAAACUAGAAGAGGAUACUUCAUUUGCUUCAAUUUAUUCUUAUCUGUGGACCAAUGUUCCUCGAAUAUUUGAAGCUGUCAGCACCAUGGAGACAAGAUUAAAAGACAGUUCAUAUCUUUUGAAACAGCAUUCCUCCAAUUUACUUGAUUGUAACAGAAUGAUUUCCAAGAAAAGUUCAUAUAUGAAUCUGGAAAAAUACAAGGCAUUCUUAAAGGAACACAGUAGGCAGAGAAAGAUAAUGCUUUCAGAUGAAAUGGAGACAGAGAAGAAUAUAGAGGGUUGCAGCUUCUCAGGAUUCAAAAAAAAUGAACUAACGCAAUUACCCAGACAUUUGGAUGCUAAACAGAUCUAUCUUUUUGUUUUAAGAGCCAAUAACUUUGAGGAAAAGGUGCUUAAAGUCUUGAAAAUCCACAUUCUGUCAGACUGCUCCAUUGCUCUCCUGCAUGACUCUUUUUGGUGGUGGUUUCUCCAUAAAUUCAAGCCUGACAGAUAUGAUCAAGAUUGCCUAUUUGACAGAAUUUCAGAAAGUUAUGUAACACUUUUCCUGAGAAUACCUCAUAGGAAAAUGGAUGCAUUCUUUCAGGUGUAUCCUGAUUGUUUGGCCCAAGCUAUCUAUGCAGCAUUCCAGGAAUCAUUUCCAGAAUCCAGUGACCUCUUCAAUAAUGAGUUUAAAGAAGAUCUAGGAAAUACUAUUUUUCUUUGGUUGUCAGGUCUAAAACCCCCGCAAGGCUUUUGGAACCGCUGGAGACUGAAAGAACUUUGCACAACCACCAUACAUGGCUGCAAGCGAGCGCGGUUGAAGUCCGUGAAAAAGAGGCUCAUGUCCAGCCAGGAGCGCAUCGCGUCCACUAUAGACUUCAACGUGGCGAACAUUUUAAAGAACCCGAAAGCACACACAGUGUCCAUACACAAGGAUGAGUCGACAGUGUCCAGAGCACCGACAAAGUCCCACUACAGGAGCUUGGGUCCAGAGUUUCACCGAGUUCUCUUUGAUUUUGGAGGUCAGAGCCCGCUAAUUUUGUACUAUCUUAAAAUGCACAAGUCAGGUGGUAUUUCCAUCACUCAUAAACAAACAGGAAGUAAACUCACCAAGAUACUCCAAGAGCCACCCCCUGCUCCAACAUACAGUGACAUCAUCAAGGAGGCCAAGAGGAGAUUUGCAAAGAACAAAAGGGAUUUUAGGAGAACAAAGCAAAGAAUCCGAGAAGACAUCAAGACGCUGAGAGAGCAGCAGGAGACAGUUGACAAGGAGCUUGACCGGCUCCAAGCAAAGGCUUCCAAAAACAUCCAAGAAGUCAAAGUAGACUUUGAGAUUUUUCUACAUAAAAUGCGUGUUGAGGCUAAACUCAAGGAGGAAUAUAAAGGAUCAUCAAUAUCACCAUCCUCAGAGUCACCACAGUCGCCACAGUCGCCACAGACACCAUCGUCAUCAUCCAGUAUCCUGUCAGAAGACUUCUACCAUGUGGAAGAGAGCUAAGGGGAGCCAGCAGUGACCACCAUUCACGAACAACACAUAGAGUUCAGCUGCUGUAGUUUCAUUGUAGCAGUGUUCAAUGAAAAGUACAUUUUGCUAUUCAUCUUUAAACAUCUUCAAAUAAAUAAAUCUUAGUCAUACUUUAAAGAUUUA